UCAAUCCGGGCUCCGUCGUAAAGCCAGUUUAGAGUCGAAAGGUACCAAGAUGGCGGAGAGGAUGGUUUGGCAGAGAUACGUGCGAUAUUGGCCGUCAAAACGAGUGUUUUAAACGUCGAUCGGCCUCUUUUAGCGUCGAGCGUUCAGAGCGGGCGUCAGAUCUGACUGAGCGGAGCUGCGAGUAGCGUCGAGCGCGCUGCGAUGGCUUCCUUGGGAAGUACAAGCCCAGUUGGCUCUUUGUCAUCGGAAGAUCACGAUUUUGACCCGACGGCAGACAUGCUGGUGCACGAUUAUGAUGAUGAACGUACGUUAGAGGAAGAGGAGAUGAGGGAUGGCGAGUCAAGCGGGAGCUCAGAGAUUGCGGAUCUGGAAAAGGAGGGGAACAUGCCGCUGGAAGAGCUGCUAGCGUUAUACAGAUAUGAAGCGGCAGACAGCGCUGUUGGAGAGUCGAGUGCGGACAGCUCAUCAGUAGAGCUGACCGAUGAGCUGCCUGACAUGACGUUAGAUAAAGAAGAAAUCGCUAAAGAUUUGCUCUCUGGAGACGAUGAAGAAACACAGUCUUCUGCCGAUGACCUCACACCAUCUGUGACGUCACACGAAACCAAUGAUUUCUUCCCCAGAACUCUUCGCUCUAAUGUGGUUUAUGAUGGAGACAAAGAAUCUGAGGGUGAGGAUGAUGGUGUGAACCCUGAAGACUCUCGCAAGGAGAUCAUGGUGGGAUUUGAAUACCAGGCAGAAAUUCCUGCUCUUACCUGUUAUAAUGACCAGGAAAAAGUGUACGCAGAGGAAGAUCAGCUGCUGUGGCAGCCGGACAUGCUGCCCGAGUCUAAAGUCAAAAGCUUCCUGCAGGACGCUCUGAGAGCGGAUGGAAAGAUGGACGGAGAUGGCAAAUGUUCUCUGGUCAAAGACAAUGAGCAGGCCUUAUAUGAGCUUUUGAAGUGUAACUACAACGUCCAGGAAGCGCUGGGAGGGUAUCGCAACAAUGACAAAUCCUUAAAGGAUGAGAUGCUCCCGUGGUCGGAAGAAGAAUGCCGAAAUUUUGAACACGCUCUUCUGUUGUAUGAGAAGAACUUCCACCUCAUUCAGAAACACAAAGUCAACACACGGACGGUGGCAGAGUGUGUUGCGUUUUACUACAUGUGGAAGAAGUCAGAGCGAUUUGACUUUUUCGUCCAGCAAAACCGAUUUGGGAAGAAGAAGUUCAGCAGUUAUCCUGGUGUUACGGAUCUGAUGGACCGGUUGGUGGAUGAGGCCGAGGGUCUGGUGGACGGAUCUGCUUCUGUGUGUUCCAGUAGCAGUGGCCGGAUUGAGCCUCCAACCGAACAACAACUCAACCUUCUCAACUCCAUCACAGCCAGUGACCUCUCCGUUCCUGUCUCUAUGAAGCCCCUCCUUCUGAAAAGCACACUGUGCUCUGAUUGGUCGGCUGGAGCAGUGUGUUGUGAUUGGUCGACCGUUUUGAGUGUGUUUGGGAAAAGUCCCGCCCCUUACCAUAACACGCUGACGAGCACGGUGGCGUCGGUGUGUAACCCCUCAGACGUGAGCUGUCUGGACUCCUACAACUUCUCCCCGCUGGACGGGCUGCACCGCGGGCCCCUGAGUCACGAAGAGCCGCUCAACUACUCCAGCAACGGAGACGGCGACUGCCUCAAUCUGCUGGAGACCGGCUUCUACCACUCGGACCUCGGCCAGAUCAACGUGUGCGGCGAGGACUGCGAUCGGCCCGCGGCCAAACGCCUGAAGAUGGGCCUGUCGGAACCGUUCAUGAACGACGUGUCGGUCGGCAGCAGGAACAUGGCCGUGGACUUCGAGGGCCGCACGCGUCAUAUCACAAGUGCCAAAAUGGCGGUUUCGGUCAGUGACUUUGGCGAGGCCGGCGGCUACAUGGGCGCACACACACUACAUCAGCACACGACGCUGCAGUCGGAGUGAAGGCUCGCAAACCUCACGGGACUUACUGCAAUCAAACAUAGUGUAUAUAGCCGCUUCCUGGGAUAUUCCUCCUCCUAAUUGGUUUAUUUUGAUUCCAGGUUAUAUACGUGUGUAUAUAUAUAUGUACAGAUUUAUUCUUUUUUUUUUUUUUUACUAUGACAUCAGUGAUGUCUAAUUGUACAGACCUAAAUCUUGAUUUCUCAAGAGUUAAUACAGCCAUUUAUUUUCCAGUC